AUCUUCUCCAUAGGUGCGUGUUGUCAAGCGAUGAACUCGCCGAUCGCCGGCCCAGGCACUGACAGGGAAGAUGAACUCGCCGACGCCGCGAAAGAAGCGAGGAACUUAUCGGAGUGGUUCUCGAAGCGAGGAACUCUGCAAGCGGAGACAGUCUCCGCCUGCUUAUCCGCGCUCUCAUCGCCGCUUCUCUCGCGCCGCCGCCUCUUCGGUUCCGAGCCCGACAGGACGGCGGCAAACGAUACGUCGGAGAUCAGCGGAGGUGGAAACGGCAGUUUGGCGAGGAAAAUCGGGGUAGGGAUACUAGCGGCGGCGUAUGUUGGGAUGAUUCUAACGAUUCUGUUGGUUGUGGCGGCGGUUUUGGGCGUGGCGGUGGUGAGGGUGUGGGUGGAGGAGCCGGUGUUGUUGAAGGAGAGGUUGAAUUUUGACUACACAGAUGCUCAGCCUAAGGCCGUCUUCUCUUUUGUUCACCGCGGCGGCGGCGAAUAUAACAGAGAGCUUGGGAUCUUCCAGGUUUAUUCUAACCCUAAUUCCCAAUUUAUAAAAUCAAUUAUUUUCUUUCUGCUUCCGCUUUCCUGGAGACUUGGAGUUCCUACGGCUGCGACAAAGGCAGUGAGCGAGGCAGCGGCGACCAACCGGCGAGGACCCUCGUCGAUCGACCAGCGAGGACGCAGCGGUGGUGUAGAUAGGUAUGCCUUACUUCUUCUAGGAAGAGGAGUUACAUUUGGUAUUCUAACAUGUUCUAAGGUUGAUGAUGGAGACCACAUUGAUAGAUUGAUAUCAUGCUUGUAUAUGGCCAUUCCAUUUUUUGAGAGGGGUGCAUCAAAUAGCAAGUUUCUCAACUAUUUGAACAAGCACAAUUUCCCUGUUUUUGAUAAGAAGGCUAAAGAUGGAGGAUUGGACGUUAUACAGACUUAUGUGUUCUGGAAUGGGCAUGAACCAUCUCCUGGAAAAUACAACUUUGAGGGGAGAUAUGAUUUGGUCAGGUUCAUCAAACUGGUGCAUCAAGCAAGGCUCUAUGUUCAUCUUCGUAUCGGCCCUUAUAUUUUUGGAGAAUGGAAUUUCGGGGGAUUCCCAGUUUGGCCAAAAUAUGUGCCUGGGAUGGAAUUUAGAACAGGCAAUCAGCCUUUUAAGGUUGUCUACCUAAUUGCCUAUGUUCGAGUUUGUCCAUAUUUUAUAGUUUAAAAUUAUUGUUUCCUAAACUAGAGACUCGCCAUUAAGCUCCAAAGUCAGAUCCGGUAGAAAGGAGUUCAGAUCCGGUGGAAGAUAGUGUCGCCGACUUCUCUUCCAUUUCUGAUGUACAGAAGAAAUUUUCAGAUCCGUUUGAUAUAUUUUUUUUGGGGGGAAAAGGGAGGGGGUAUUAGCCCCAGAACAAAGCUAUAACCCAGUUCUCACAACAGGGAUGCAAAACUCAACAGACUCUCUGUCAGACUCAAGGAAAUCCAGAAUGAAUUCAAGGGGUAUUAGUUUGAUAUAUUUUAGUUGUUGAAAGAAUGAUUUUAGUUCUUUGAAAUAUACUUAUUUGGUUUUAGUAUUCUUAGACACAGAUGGUAGCCAUAUUUUGUUUUUUGUUUUUUGGCCUUUUCUCCUGUAAAUCUGUAAUGUAAUAUGAAUGAAUGCAUUGAAAUAUUUCUUCUUUGA